UCUGGUAGAAGAUGCAACGCUCACAGGAGGGGCGAACAGUUCUGCCUCCCCCACCUCCCUGGGAGACUUUAAGGAAACCAUUUACAUGGAGAAGCUGAGAUGCCUGGACGAUACACAUUCUGAACGUCUUGGACUGACUGUGGACGAAGUGAACGCGCUUACGAACCGCAUUGAAAUGCGAACAUCCAACAUGGUGAGCGUGGAGCCCGUCUGCGCAGACUGCAAGGCGACUGUCAUCGAAUGUUACAACAGCGCGAGAGAACCGUCUGACGUUGUAAAAUGCUGGGAUGCUAUUGGUGCAUUCACACAAUGUGUGCAAGAUGCGGGCGCGGACCGUCUUCGGGCGCGCUCGGAACGCGACGCGCGUGAACAGGCACGCCGCUCGCGACACGUGGCGCAUGCGCGGGAACACGCGCUCAAGGAUCUGUCAGGCGCGCACGGGGACUCGCCUAGCCAGUGAUGUUGGAGGGAAAAGUGCGAGUGGGAUCUGUGAUAUUUUUAAAUGUACUCAAAUUGACACAGGUUACAGGAGGUUAUAAUUGGAAAUUUGAUCGAUUAUUAUAUAAAUAAAAACUUAUUUAAAAUAAAAAAAGUUAUCGACAUCCAACUUAUACCAACCUUCGUUUUGCGUCGGGAGCUGGGGGAAUUUGUUUUUAAUUGUUUUGUAACGUCGAGCACACUUCGACACGAAUUGGGACAGCUUGCACUGAAGUAUCAAACUGAAAUAGUAGCAUGCUACUGUGUUUUGUAGGGUGAGUGGAGCCGGAGGCCCGUUUCCUCUUCCUUACCCUUUCCAGUCAAUUCCUUCUUUCCAGUCAUCAAUCCUUUCUUUACCGAUUCCCA